AUAGCAGAGUGACACCCGGCGGCCACACCCCGUACAGUAUGUUAUCCUACCGACCAUCUUCUCCAUUGAAUGACAUCUGUGUUGACAGGUGUUGGGAUCCCAUGACGUCACUAUGACGAUGAGCCCGGACCAGGAGGCCCUGAUUGGCCGGGUGUUUGAAACGUACCUGAAGGAUCAUCAUCAUGAAGACAUCCGGCAGCUCAUUGCCGACACCAACGAAGAGACCCACCGCCCGGUGCUGGUCAACGCCAUGACCCUGUUUGAAGCCAAUAUGGAGGUCGGGGAUUACUUCAACGCCUUCCCCCAUGAAGUGCUGUCUCUGUUUGACGGCGUGUUGUCCAGGAUGGCGCUGCAGCUGUCCCGCUGUGCAGGAGCAGCCGAGAGGAGGACGCCGUCUCUUCACGCCCGCAUCACAGGUCUGCCCGUGUGUCCGGAGCUGACCAGAGACACCGUCCCCAGGGCCAGAGACAUCGGGCACUUCCUGUCUGUCACCGGCACCGUCAUACGCACCAGUGUUGCCAAGGUCCUGGAACACGAGCGUGCCUACAUGUGCUCAAAGUGUCGGCACGUCUUCACCGCGCAGGCCGACUUCCACCAGUUCUACGUCUUCGUCCCUCCGGCCGUCUGCCCGAGCCCAGAGGGCUGCACGGCCGCCACCUUCAGCUGCCUGGACACGGCCUCGGAGCCUCAGGCCUGCAGAGACCUCCAGGAGAUCAAGAUACAAGAGCAGGUGCAGAGGCUGUCGGUGGGCAGUAUUCCUCGCGCCCUGCUGGUGGUUCUGGAGGACGACCUUGUGGACAGUUGUAAAUCUGGAGAUGAAGUGACUGUUUAUGGGGUGAUGUGCCAGCGCUGGAAGCCCUUAUAUGAUGGCGCUCGCUGCGAUGUGGAACUGGUCCUCAAAGCGAACAACAUAGAAGUGAACAACCACCAGGCGGCUGCUGCUGGUCUCAUGAAGGACGUUCAGGAGGAGUUUGAAGACUUCUGGAAACACUACAGAUACGACCCCAUUGCUGGUAGAAACCAGAUCUUGUUGAGCCUGUGCCCUCAGGUGUUUGGCAUGUUUGUGAUUAAGCUGGCGGUUGCCAUGGUGAUGGCUGGUGGCGUGCAGAGAGUAGAUUCCUCUGGAACCAAGAUCAGGGGGGAGUGUCAUAUGCUGCUGGUGGGCGACCCGGGCACCGGCAAGUCUCAGUUCCUCAAAUAUGCCGCUAAAAUCAUGCCUCGCUCGGUCCUCACCGCUGGAAUCGGAUCGACCAGCGCAGGCCUGACCGUGGCGGCGGUGAAGGACGGCGGCGAAUGGCAUCUGGAGGCCGGGGCCCUGGUGCUGUCGGACGGGGGUCUGUGCUGCAUCGACGAAUUCAACAACAUCAAGGAGCACGACCGCAUCAGCAUCCACGAAGCCAUGGAGCAGCAGACCAUCAGCGUGGCCAAAGCCGGGAUGGUGUGUAAGCUGAGCACCAGGACCAGCAUCCUGGCCGCCGCCAACCCCAAAGGCCGCUACGACCCCGCCGAGCCGCUGUCCGUCAACGUGGCGCUGGCCAGCCCCCUGCUGAGCCGCUUCGACCUGGUCCUGGUUCUGCUGGACACCAGGAACGCCGAGUGGGACCACGUCAUCUCCUCCUUCAUCCUGGAGGACAGAGGGCCUCCAGCGGGGUCGUGCAGCACGUGGUGCAUGGAGAAGAUGAAGGCGUACUUCGGCGCCGUGCGCCGCCUGCAGCCGCAGCUCUCUGACGACGCCAACACCGUCCUGACUCGUUACUACCAGCUGCAGAGACGCAGCAGCGGCCGCAACCCGGCACGCACCACCAUACGCAUGCUGGAGAGCCUGAGCCGCCUGGCCGAGGCUCACGCCCGGCUCAUGUACAGAGCCACCGUCACCGUGGAGGACGCCGUCGUGGCCGUGUCCGUCAUGGAGUGCUCCAUGCAGGGCGGAGCUCUGCUGGGCGGCGUCAACGCGCUGCUCACCUGCUUCCCCCACGACCCCGCCGAGCAGCACCGGGCCCAGAGCCGGGUUCUCCUGGAGGGCCUGAACCUACCGCUGCUCCUCCACAAGGAGAUGGACCGACUGGACAGGCUGAAGAGCAGCAGCUCACAGGCCACCGGAGGCCGAGACCCCCCAGAGGACCCUCACCAACACGUGGACCCCCCAGAGGACCCUCACCAACACGGAGACCCCCCAGAGGACCCUCACCAACACGGAGACCCCCCAGAGGACCCUCACCAACACGUGGACCCCCCAGAGGACCCGGGCCUGGACUGGUUCCAGUCCAUCUCUUCCUCUCUGGCCACAGCUCCGGAGGUCAAGAGGUCGGACUCCCUGCCGAGUGCUCCAGCGGAGGAGGGUCCGCUGAGGCGUGCUGCUGGUCCACAUCCACCAGGAACCAGCACACCUGGUCCUCAAGGAGGACUCGUGGACCAGAGGAGCUCUGGGGUCCACCAGCAGGAGCAGCAGUCCAGGGGGCGGAGCCAUGGAGGCCCUCCAGAGUCACCGCGGUGCGUCUUUCAAACAGUGUCAAAGAGUCUGAGAGCAAGAAGACGGGAGCUGACUCGUCCUCCUCCUCCAAAACCGCUUGAGGACCAGGACCAGAGGGCCCGGCCCGGAGCCCAGGACCCCGGGACUGGACCUCAGGGAAAGAUGGCGGCAGCAGCUGAAACGGCUCCAGAGCUGCGAGCUCGGUUGUCGAGCCUCGUCUUCGCGCCCCAGAGGAAGAGGCCUUUGGUCCGCAGCCCGCAGCGCCGGACCCCCUGUGACCCGAGUGGACCGGGGCCAGCUGGUCCUGAGGACCCAGACCCGCCACCGACACACAUGGAGAAGAGGACCAGACGGAACCAGGACCUCCACCUCUCGGUGGGCGCGGCGGGGGAGGGGGCACCACCGAGCCACAGCAGGGCCGCCGUGGCCUCCUCCACCCGGGCCAGACUCUCACGGUUCUCCUUCGGCUGCUCGGUGAAGGGAGACGCUCCAGAGCCACGCAGCGGAGCCAAGGUCACGGAGGUCACGCCGGGACAGGAACCACGCUCCGAGGCGACGGGAACCACGUCAGCAGGCCCGAGCGCCGGCAUUGUGAGGAAGAGGAGGUGUUUUGAGCUGGGCGCUCCACAGGGUGGUGCUGGUGGUCCACAGGGUGGUGCUGGUCCAGGUCCCCAGGCUGUGCUCUCAGGCCCGUCUCUGUUUGACUCUGUGCUCGACACGGACUGGGACCAGGAGGUUCCCAGAAGAGGAGGUGAGGCGGAGGCUCCACCUCCUGGUCUGAAGACACACCUGUAGAGCCGAGGGUCCAGGUGGAGGCGUGUCUCUGUGUUCGUGCUCCUCCAGGAACAUCCCGUCCUGGUGGUGAGGUUCUGGAUGUUUUAGUUGCAUGAAUGAGGAAACCCUUCUUUAUGUGAGAAGCCAUGAAAACAAUAAAGGACUGUCAGAGAA